UUCAAAAACUAAUUAAAAUUACAAAACACCAUGUUCACUAAUCACUACCACUUGUGAAGGAACUUUCACCCCCUUUCCUCACUAAUCACUACUCUCAAUUAUUAUUAUUCUCAAAUGGGACAAGAAUCAGAUUACAAAAGCCAACUGGUAUUGGAGAUUUGCUCAAUUUCCACACGUUCUGUUGUAUGUGUUCAUAGACUUGUCCCUAACAAAACUAAUAAUCCACCUUUCAUUGAUUGGUACUGCAUUCUUGGAGUGGCAGGAAAUGCAGAUGUAAAUACAAUCCGAAAGCAGUACCAUAAACUUGCCUUGCAACUUCAUCCUGAUAAGAAUAAGCAUCCCAAGGCUGAAAUUGCAUUCAAGCUUCUAUCUGAGGCAUAUGCAUGUUUAUCUGAUGCAGCAAAAAGAAAAGCUUUUAACUUGGAGCGAAGCAAGAGUUUAUGCAUUGAGUGCAACAGAAUCCCUAGCAAUUCAAACAAUAAUAAUGGAUCUUCUUCAAGUUUCAAAUCAUCAAGGAGUAGUAGCAUCAGCAGUAGUUCAAGAUCAUGUAAGCUUUGGCGAAACAUCAAUGACAUAAGAGAAAGAUUAAGGGAAGAAGCUAAGGUGAUAGAGAAAUGUUUGAGGGUAAAUAAUUCAGUGCCAACAAAGAAUUAUGAUGAUGAUUAUAUGCAUAGAAGUAGAGGGCCUAAUAACAAUAAUAAUAAGCAUAGAGUUGAGAAAGAAACACCAGUUUUCAAUCCAUCAAAUUACUUGUACCAAGGGUACCCUCAUAGGAGAAAUCAUGUUAACAAGGAUUAUUCUGAGAAAUUUUGGUACUUGCAGCAAGAAACUAAUGCAGUGCAUAGUAAUAACUAUUCCAAGGGAGGAUCAGAUAAGCUUUCUUCACCAGUUUUUGAGGUUGAAACACAGAGGAGCAUGUUCAGUAGAAAAUUUGGUCCUAUCCCCUCACAAUGUUAGAUUUUUUUUUUCUUUUAUUUAUUUAGUUAUAUAAAGUAAUGUGAUUUGACAAGUUCUAUGGAUUUUUUUUA